AUGGGUAGAAUGUAUUGGAAUAAAAGGAUACUUCAUAGGUAUAUAGCGUAUACAAUAAUAUUACCAUUGAUGACAACAAUGAUAACAGGAUUACUAUAUAAAAUAUUAAGAGAUGGAUUUGGAAUUCCAAAAGAAAAGGUAUCAUUUUUAAUGAAGAUUCAUCAAAUGUCAUGGUUAUUUGAAAAUAGUGAAGUUGUAUAUACAUUUCUAUUGAUGAUUCUAUGUGUAGCAUUGGUUGUAUUUGGAUAUUCAAUGAUUUACAAUCCACUAUUUGGUAGUAGAACUGGUAAAUUAACAAGUCGUAGUAGAUGGAUACCACAAUCAAUGCGUGAAUAUCAUCAUCGUUAUGGAUCGGUUAUUUUCUUCUUAUUAUUGUUCAUGGCAUUGACAGGUGGAAUCUAUAGAUUCUGUAGAAAUGCAAUUGGUAUGGAGAAAUCAACAGUUGGAUUCCUCUUAAAUUUACAUCAUCUAAGUUAUUUACCAAAUUGGUUAAGCGUAUUUUGGAUAAUCUUUGUUUUCUUCUCCCUAUUAUCAAUUUCAAUUAGUGGUACAAGAUUAUUACCAAUAGUUCAUAAUUUAUUUCAAAAUUCAAAUUCUUAUCAAAUUUUAUCAAGUGGUAAUAAUAAUAAUAACAAUACCAAUAAUAAUAAUAAUAAUAAUAAUAAUAUUGCAAGUGGUAGUGGUAGUGGUGGCAGUAGUGGUUCAACUAGUAUUGGAAUAAAUGAUAAUAGUCCAAUAAAUAAAAAUAUAAAUAAUAAUAUAAUUGAUAAUAUUAGUAUUGAUAAUAAUAAUAAUAAUAUAAAUAAUAUAAAUAAUAGUAUAAAUAGUAGCGAUGGAGGAAAUAGUAUUGUAAAUAGUAAUUCAAUUGAUGACUUAAGUGAAUCAAUAAAUAUUAGCAAUAAUGAUAAUGAAAAUGAUAAUUUAUUUAGGCCGAUCUUGGGAAAUAAUAAUAAUAAUAAUAAUAAUAAUAAUUCAGAUAGAUUAGAAUCAAUGGAUUAA